AUGCAAGCAACCAACAGGCAGCAUAAUAUCGUUUCACCGUGGUCCCAGGUAGACAAACUCGGUGCCCUCCCACCAGAAGUGGACAAUGAAGGCAACAUUGAAUACAAACUCAAACUCGUGAAUCCAUCCGAUGAACGACUAGAACACCUCAUUACACAGCUCAAAUGGAGACUUGCUGAAGGGGAUGGAGAAGCCAUGUAUGAGAUAGGGGUGGAUGACGAUGGCACUUGUGUCGGAUUGACGACAAAGGAGAUGGAAGCAUCGAUGACCACAUUACGUCGCAUGGCGGAUGAAUUGGAUGCUGAUGUGUUUAUUGUGCGACAAGUGGGAAUGGACAAGCUCGGUCGUUUGCAGGAACACGAUCGUACAGUACUAGAAGCGGUGAUACGACAUCGAUUCAAAGAGCAUCAACAAUGCUAUACGGAUAUGCGAAUUGCAAUAUUGGGUGGACAUGGAGAAGGGAAAUCAACAUUACUCGGCUAUAUCACUCAUGGCAUCCAAGACAAUGGUCGUGGUCGGUCUCGACUCAGCUGUGCUCGCCAUCGACAUGAAAUCGAAUCGGGUCGAACAUCUUCAAUAUCACACGAGAUUAUUGGUUAUGAUUCUGAUGGACGUUUAAUCAACUAUGCGAAUGAACAUAUCAAUACCUGGGAGCAAAUUUGUGAAGCGAGCACCAAAGUGAUCACAUUCCUCGACCUAUGUGGCCAUGCAAAGUAUUUACGCACCACCAUUUCGGGCAUGUCUGGUUAUUGUCCCGAUUAUGCAGCUCUCGUCAUAUCAGGCAAUCUGGGUAACAUCUCGGAGAUGACACAUGAGCAUUUAGCUAUUGCAGUCAUGCUACGGGUUCCUGUAUUCGUCAUUGUCACCAAGGUCGACAUCGCUACUCGUGCCCAAUUACAGAAUACUCUCAACACCCUUGUACAGUUAUUACGUUCUCCUGGGGUCGACAAACUUCCCUUCAUCGUACGCAGCGAAAACGAUUUUGGAUCAUGCACUUCGACUUGGACACGGCGUGGACCCGAAGUACCAAUCUUUCUCGUCUCCAAUGUCACCGGCACCAACAUUGAUCUACUCCAACAAUUUUUGAGCACCCUUCCCAAACCGACUAAGCAGUAUCAUAAGCUCUUGGAAGAACCCGUGGAAUUUCAGAUUGAAAAGGUUUACACAAUUCCAGAUGUUGGAUUGGUAGUGGGUGGUAUGCUUCAAAAAGGCCGAAUCAAUAUACACGACAAGAUGCAAUCCUACAACCUCGGCCCUGACAACAAAGGAAACUUCAUCAAAGUCCAAGUCAGCUCAAUUCAUAGACAUCGGAUGCCAUCUCAUUACGUGCAUUGUGGACAAGUCGCAACGCUUGCUAUCACGUCUCCAGAGUUGGAUCAAAUGCGAAUACAGCGAGGAAUGGUGCUCCUAGGCACAGAUACACCUACCAGCUAUUACGAGUUUGAAGUCGAACUUUUGGUGCUAUAUCAUCCAACAGGGGUAGCUGCUGGUACAUGUGGUAUGCUCUAUUCGGGAUCCAUCCGCCAACAAGCACGAGUCAUUGCUGUUUCUCCUCAAGGAACCAAAGCAGAGGAUGGAGGUACCAGCAGCAGCAGCAGCAGCAGCAGCGAUGGGAUUGAAUCAAAUGGCUCUUCCUCAAGCAAGAUUCGUUCUGGAAAAGAAGGUCGAUGCGUGUUACGCUUUAUGAACGAACCCAAAUACCUCUGUAUCGAUGCCCAAAUACUCUUCGUGGAUGGCAAAGCUAAAUGUCUAGGGCGAGUGACCAAGCUGGGAAACGAUUUGGAUAAUCCAUAG